UGCGCCUGCGCACACGGCUGACCCUUCUGGUUCCUGCGCGUAAUGCCACGACAUUAGUAGCGGUAGACACAACAUACAAGCUACAGUUCUAACUGUAAAACGAGAAAAUACAUAAAUACACCACUUUCAGUCGUUAGCCCAUUCACUUGUAGCACGUACACAUUUUCUGUUAGCAACCGCAGUCUACAGCAACUAUGUUGAAGUUGUUCCUACUAUGCACACUGGCGGUUUUAAGCCGGGCUGAUAUCGGCGAAGAAGAUGAUGUUCUGGUGCUGAAGAAAAGUAAUUUCGAGGAGGCUUUGAAAGCUCACCCAAACAUCCUAGUUGAAUUCUAUGCCCCGUGGUGCGGCCACUGCAAGGCCCUGGUCCCGGAGUAUGCCAAAGCUGCCAGCAUGCUGAAGGCAGAGGGCUCAGAGAUCCGCCUGGCCAAGGUGGACGCCACAGAGGAGGCAGACCUGGCCCAGGAGUACGGUGUCCGGGGGUACCCUACCAUCAAGUUCUUCAAGGGGGGAGACAAGGAGUCGCCCAAAGAGUACUCUGCUGGCAGACAGGCUGAUGACAUCGUCAACUGGCUGAAGAAGCGCACUGGACCAGCAGCCACCACCCUGGGGGAGGUCGCCGAGGCGGAGUCCAUGAUUGCCCACAACGAGGUAGCAGUCAUCGGCUUCUUCAAGGAUGUCGAGUCUGAGGGAGCCAAGGCUUUCCUGAAUGCUGCAGAGGCCGUCGAUGAUGUUCCGUUCGGCAUCACCUCCAACGACGCCGUCUACUCCAAGUUCGAGGUCUCCAAGGAUGGCGUAGUCCUCUUCAAGAAGUUCGAUGAGGGUCGUAACACCUUUGACGGAGAGCUGAGCAAGGCUGACCUGCUGGCCUUCAUCAAAGCCAACCAGCUGCCUCUGGUCAUCGAGUUUACCGAACAGACCGCCCCCAAGAUCUUCGGAGGAGAAAUCAAGUCUCACAUCCUCAUGUUCGUGCCCAAGGCUGCCGACGACUUCGCCGACAAAAUGGUUGAGUUCAAGAAGGCAUCAGAGGGAUUCAAGGGCAAGAUCCUGUUCAUCUUCAUCGACAGCGAGGUGGACGACAACCAGCGCAUCCUGGAGUUCUUUGGGCUGAAGAAAGAGGAGUGUCCUGCAAUCCGCCUCAUCACGCUGGAGGACGAGAUGACCAAGUACAGGCCCGAGAGCGAGGCCAUCACUGCCGACAACAUCGUCGCCUUCUGCACACUCUUCACAGAGGGAAAACUCAAGCCCCACCUCAUGAGUCAGGACAUCCCUGAAGACUGGGACAAGAACCCCGUCAGAGUCCUGGUCGGCAAGAACUUUGAAGAGGUCGUCUUUGACUCCAAAAAGAACGUCUUCGUUGAGUUUUAUGCACCCUGGUGCGGCCACUGUAAACAGCUUGACCCCAUCUGGACCAAACUGGGCGAGAAGUACCAGGACAGCGCCGAUAUCGUCGUGGCCAAGAUGGACUCUACAGCCAACGAGAUCGAGACAGUGAAAGUACACAGCUUCCCCACGCUCAAGUUCUUCCCCGCAGGCGACGAGCACAAGGUGGUCGACUACAAUGGUGAGAGGACACUAGAGGGCUUCACCAAGUUCCUGGAGAGCGGAGGCAAGGAUGGCGGAGCACCGGCUGGAGAGGAAGGGGAGGAGGAUGAUGGGAUUGAUGAUAUGGUGGACCUGGACGAACAGGACAGUGACUCUGACGCCGACGGUGGCGACCACGACGAGUUAUAAGACCCGGCGAAGGAGAGAGGAGAGACGAACCCCCACCCCUUUUACCAACCACCCACCAUCACUACCACCCCUGUUCUGUGAACACUAAUACUUCUCCUUUAACUGCUCCUCAGUCAGUCUGUCGUCAGAUGUGGCAGGACCCUCGGCCAGCCCCCCUCCUGAAGCCACCUCGACAACCUCUAUCCCCUUUCUCCCUCCCGCUGGACCAGAUGGACUCGUCUGUCCCCUUGUCAUGGGAACUCAACAGAGCAGAACGGCACCUCGUGGUCUUAACGGCUUUUUUCAUUACCAACGUUCCUCAUCAAUCAAACGAUGGAGUUGUAUUGCCAAAAUGUUAAAUGGCAUUAAGAUACUGUGCUUGACAUCUCCAGUUGGAUCCACAAAUUGGGUUAUGUACCUGUCAGUUCUUGUCAAAUUACUUUCCCCCAGUCUGCUUCAGUGUGAGGAUGGUGCAGUUUUGUGGUGUAGCUGGUUUUUAGGGGUGGGGGGAUGGGGGCUGCUAAUGUCCUUGUUCCGCUACUAGGCUUUCUGAGGGCCAGAGGUGUUAUAUGGUGGGAUGUAUGGACUGAUCUCUCAGGGGACUUGGGGCCAUCCUAUUGUCUUUUUGUAAAGCGUAACAAAAUAAAGAAGCAACGUGUUCCGUGUAGCAGAGGCCCCUGGAAAGCAAUAUAUGCAUCUGUAGCUGAGACCAAUCUUGAGGGUCACUAUUCCUCUCUCUCUCUCUGCCUUCAUUCCCUCUAAGUCUGCAAAUCAUGUUUUUCAGUUCAGUUUCCCUCAUUUCAACAUGGCUACUGACUUUUUUUUUAAGAAAAAAAAUAUACUUUGGAAUUAGCUUGUUUUAUUUAAUUGUAUUUUCAUUCAAUAUAUAUUUUUUAAUCUGUCAUUAAAUAAUGUGUGUAUACCAGUAAUGCCCAGCUAAAGUUUUAAGCUGGGGUAGAGUUGGCCCUCUGACUCUGUUUGACCUGGGAUUUGUGGGGAGACCCAGGACGGUUUCUGUUUGUAUCACUGUGUUCAUAGCCUGGACCCAGAUCUGUUUGUGCAGUCUUGCCAACUCCUAUAGUCUUGACCAGAUGACACACACAGAUCUGAGACCAGGCUACUGUGUUUAUGCCGUCAGAUUCCACAUGGUUACUGUAUGAGGGGUUGGAUACUUAAAAGGAACUGUGUUUUGCGACUCUUUAGAGCGGUCGCUGUCCUGGUUGUCUUUGGGGAGGUGGGGAACAGUGCAACAGCCCCACCGUACCUGUACUGCCCCCAUCCCUCUGGCUUCGGCUCUAACUGACGCUCUUGUCCCCAUGGAGAUGUUUGUGUGCCUGGUGGUGAUUGAGUGCAUCUGCUUUUUUCUUCUAAGUCCAGGGACAAGGUUUUGAAUGUUUUUGCUGUUUGGCUGGGAUGGGAGGGUUGAGUAGGGCAGACCGGGGUGAGGGUUGUGAGGUUCAACAGCAGCUGUUCAAGAGGGUGGGGGGGAAAUGACUUGGAAACAAAUGCAUUCCAUCACAUAGAAUUUGAUGUGGAAAAGUGAAAACUGGUGGCCAAAUAAAUAAAAAUAUGAAAAAGUAA